AUGUUGUGUGUUUUUGGCGCGUAUCCUUCCCCGUUGGAAUAUUUCAUUCACGGACCUAGAAGUGAUUGGUUCGAUGUCUCAACGUCUGGAGAAUUGCUACUUGCUACCGCCACUCUCGACUUUGAAUCCAUCGCAGCUAGCGCCCAACCGCUUCAGAUCAGUGUGAAUGUCGUGGAUAGUGGAGGCUUAAUGGGAGAGGCGACACUGCCCAUCUAUGUAGACGAUGUAAACGAGGCGCCAGUCAUCACGAGCUGCUGCUUUGAGAUCGCAGAGAACCCUGCUAUUGGUACGAUGAUCGGCGAACUCACAGCAACUGACCCGGAUUUAUCCGAUCAGAUAACUUUCGAGUUGGCCUUCCCUUCCACGGAUAUAUCACUGACUUCGAGCGGUAAUUUGUCCGUGCGUGAUAGUUCAUUGUUCGACUAUGAACGAAAUUCUUUGGUCACAAUUCGCGUACGUGCUUCAGAUAGAGCAGGGCUCUUCCAUGAGCGUGAAAUUCAGAUUAAAGUCUUGGAUGUGAAUGAACCACCGGCGUUCCAGCAAACGUCGUACUCUUUUGGUGUUCCGGAGAACGCUGCAUCCGGAUUGAAUUUCGGAACGCCGAUACGUGCGAUGGAUCCGGAUCGUGGUCAGACUGAAACAUUACGAUACGAACUAGUGAACAAAAACGCUGGAGGGCUACCAUUCCGACUUGAGAGCUGCUCUGGUCAACUUGCAGUCCAGUGGGAUAAAUUGGACUACGAAGGUACGAACCAGUAUUUCUUUGGCGUGCGUGUGGUAGACUCCGGCUACCCGGUCGCGUUGGACGCGCAAGUGCAAGUGGUGGUGGAUAUACUUAACGUGAACGAGGCGCCACAAUUCGCUGAGUCUGGGUCUUUGGUUAUUCCGGAGAAUGCUCCAACUGGAACGUAUAUCGGGAAAGUAAUCGCCACUGAUCCGGAUCACGCGUCCGUGUUGACAUUCCAUACUAAUGCGAGUACCUACGUGUCGAUAACGAAUAGUGGGGAGCUCUAUGCGGCAACGUCUUUCGACUACGAAACGAUGCCUGUUCUCUAUGUUUCGAUUACAGUCAAAGACAACGGCGUGUCCUGCGAUCCUACAAUGGAUGUUUCGAACUGUAAAUCUAUCUCGACUACUAUGAACGUUGCUGUAUUGGUUCGAAAUGUGAACGAGCCCCCGUCUCUUACUGCGGGUACAUUUACUAUCCAAGAGAAUCUCUCUCCAGGGUCACUAGUUGGAAAACCGAUCCAAGUGGCUGACGUGGAUGGAACAGUGGGAAAUAGCUCUGGAUUCUGGAUUCAAAGCGGCCUCUCAAGUGGCAAUGCGUCCGAAUUUACUAUACGUAGUGAUGGCCAACUUCUAACACUUCAGACUUUGGACUUUGAAAGCAAAGCUCAGUACAAAUUACAAGUAGCAUACUCGGACGGUGAAUUCACGGCCUUCCUCAGUAUUUCGGUCGCUGUACUGGACGAAAAUGAGCCCCCAUCGGUUGUAGGAGGCAUUCCAGGGUUCAUUCAAGAAAACAAGCCUCCAGACUCCAAAGUUCUCGUUGCUCAGUUUACUGAUCCCGAUCAGACUUCAGCUAACGUGUUCACACUCAUGGACAGCUAUGCUCCUUUCCGGAUUGACCCGAUCAGUGGAGAACUGCGAACAACUCGUGUAUUGGAUUAUGAAAAAGAUCCUACGACGUUCAGUCUAAACGUCCGAGUUUGUGACGCUGUUCAGACGACUUUAUGUGGGAGUGGCUUUGUCACUGUCCGUGUUGAUGAUGUACCUGAGGCACCGUCGAUGAAUGCUGUGAUCUGUACACAAGUGGAGAAUACAGCCGCAGUAUUAAACGACCAAGGAGCUGACGUGUGCACGUUUAUUGCCAGCGACCCUGAUAAGGCUUCGUGCUCUUACUAUGCCCUUGUCGAAGCGAAUUCUCCUUACCAGUUGGUGCAUGACACGAUCGUGAAUGGUGUUGCUACAACCAAAGUUCUGGAGUCGACGCUAUGCACUAGUGAGCGAGUUGGACUUGCUUGGAAAGCGUCAUCUUUGCCGGAUUUCGAGAUGGUAGCUCAGUAUUUCGUCACCAUUCGAGCUUCAGAUGAAACAGUGAAGACGACUGGCUAUUCAGUUGAUAGUCGAGUUACGGUGAACGUUCUGAACGCCAACGAUUGCCCGACAUUAGCCACAGUGUCCUUCACAGUACGUGAGCGCUCAGAAUCUGGUACGCAGAUCGGAUAUCCACUACCUGGCAAAGAUCAAGACGUGGCUGAUACUCUCACGUAUUCGAUCGCAAAGACGAACGCUACGUCCGGUUUAAUUGGAAUUGACGCGAUGACUGGACAAUUAACGGUAGCGAGGACACCCUCGGGCACAGAGUUCGUGUAUCCGGAGCAGUACGACGUGACUGUUUCUGUCACGGAUAGCAGCGUCAGUCGCUGUUCGACCACUGCAGUCAUCAAAGUACUCACGACAAAGUCCAAUUUUGCGCCAAGAUGGCGUAGUAUACUACCCUUUUCGUUUGAUAUCUAUGAGAAUGCCGCUGCAGGGACCCAAGCUGGUAGUGUACUGUCGGGUUUUGUGGAAGAUCCGGACAACGACGUGAUCCAGUUUACGCUGCAGUCCAAGACCGACACGUAUUGUGCUGAUACCUUUAGUCUUGGGCUGACAAGUGGAGCAGUUGUGCUUCGUGCAGGAAGAGUCUUGGAUUAUGAAGAGCGACGAACGUACGUCUGUACGGUAGCAGCUUGUGAUCCGGCGCAAAUGUGCAGUACAAGAGACGUCACUGUUCAUGUCUUGAACGUUAACGAGGCGCCAGUUUUCAGCGAUCAGACGUACACAUUCGUGGUGCAAGAAAACAAUGCGGCAAACCUGGCGCUGCCACGAUGUAUCAGUGCUAUGGAUCCUGAUGAAGGCGAUGGCUACGCACUUACGUACACAACGUCAUGUUCGAAUGCCAGCGACUGCUCCUUCUUCUCGGUAAAAGUUGAAAAGGACUGCAGUCAGACGAGAUGUGCUCGAAUCAUUGUCAAACCAAGUCUCAACUUUGAGGCUCGACGUCGCUACAGCUUCAGCCUUGUCGCUCAAGACCCUGGUAGACUUACAGCCACGACGACCAUUGUUAUCGACGUGGAAGAUGUGAAUGAAGUACACUCCUUUGUUGGCUUCAUCGCAACGAAAUCCGUGCAGGAGAACACAGCGAUAGGCUCGGUGAUUCUGCGAGUCAGCACAACAGACCCAGAUAUUUACUCCGACCCGUUCAAGACCGUCCAGUAUGCGCUAAGUGCAGUGUCUCCUCCUGGUCUCAAUGUGUUCCGAAUUGACUCAACAACUGGAGAUUUAAUCGUGAAUGAUCUCAUUGAUUUCGAGGCCGUUCAAGCCUAUACACUUACCAUCGAAGCUCGAGACUCCAGUGGUAUCAACGCUUUAGCUAUCACCAAAGACCUCGCUAUCACAGUGAAAAAUGUAGAAGAUACGACGCUGGAGUCGUUUGAACUGGUAACAGAUAGCUCUCGCAGAAUGGACACCAUAGGUGGCGAGAAGUUCCUCCUGACGGGUACAAAUAUUGGAUUCAAGCAACGCGCUGAUGGCUCGGUGGUAAUUAAACAGCUCAUUGUGCAGUAUGGUACAUACGGAACAACGUCACCUUAUACGGCGACGAAAUGUUCUCUAGUUAAUGGAAAUACUGGCGUUGAAUGCACCUCAGCCCCAGGUGUUGGAGCCAAUCUCUACUGGAGUAUUACUCUCGUCAUGAACGUCCCAAGCCUUGGCGAUACGACGUUCCAAGCAUCCUCUUCCGUUCCGUUGUCAUCGUAUGGCGCUCCAGUAAUUCACUCGGUUGUGUGCAACACUGCGUUCCCUACAAACGGCAGCAAUGUGGACAAUAUUUUCAUUUACGGCGACAAUUUAGGAUCUACGGCAUUGUCAAGUUCCGAGCCGCCUGUAGUUCUCUAUGGCUUCGACUUUGAGGCACAGAACUGUAAGCUGCUCGCCUCAAAUGUUGCUUGUCGUAGUGUUCUGGGAACGGGUAAAGAUCUUCCCUUCACGAUAGUAAUUUGCGGUCAGGCCAGCGCGAUGUUCGCUACCAGCUGUCAGUACGCUGCUCCUAUCAUCACUGCAGUGACAACAUCAACAGGGAUGCCAACAUCUGGAGGUUCUACAGUGUUGGUGAACGGCAGUGGGUUUGGAUGUCAAGGCUGUGCCAAUGUCACAGUAACGUACACGAAUUCCCUCCAUUCUUUCGAGUUAAAUGACUGUAAGGUUGUGGUUGACCACGUCCAGUUGACGUGUGUGUCUCUACCGGGAGCAGGCGGGGGGUUCCGAUGGCAAAUCUCUGUAGACAACCAAGUGAGCGCAUUGACUAGCACACUCUCGACUUCUUACGAUCUUCCUGAAAUUCUGGAAGUCCUGGGCUUCAGAGACGCCCCCACUGCAGGCGGGACAGUGUUCCAGAUACGGGGUCAAAACUUUGGUCCUGAUACGGCGAUUUUCGUGGAUCCAAUUGUUGAAUAUUCAUUCGAUGACGUGACAAUUCUUCAAGCUGUGCAGUGCAAACGGAAGUACACGGAUCCCAAGACCCAUAACUUGAUCCAGUGUGAAUCAGUUGCUGGCAGUGGCUCAUUCCACGCGUGGCGUGUUACUAUUGAGGGUCAAGCAUCGCGAUGGUCGACACAUAAUACGUCGUAUGCAGGACCAAUUGUGAAUAAAGUGUUCCGCCCGGAUGGAGAAGCAGAGAUUCAAACGAGUGGGGCGCAACAAGUGGUUAUUACUGGCAAGAAUUUUGGUAUUAUCAACGAAUCCGUGAUAAAUAAGGUGACGUAUGGUAUCAACGGAGACGAGUUUACUGCUACGAAUUGCUCCAUCGUGAUCGAUCAUGAGCGUAUCUUGUGUACGACGGCACCUGGUGUGGGGAAUCGUCUUGCCUGGAUUGUUACAAUUGACGGGCUGACAAGUGCGACGCCUACUAUCAGCUAUGCGAAGCCGUAUAUCACUGCGCUGGACGGAGAAGGUGCGACGAAUGCCCUUGUCCGUGGUGGACAGAGAGUGAUUAUUCGCGGUGGUAACUUCGGACCUAGUAAUGUGGCAAUUGAUACGAUUUCCUACGGCUCCUCUGGACGAGAGUAUCAAGUGACAGACGUGAUUGAACACAACGAUUCUUCUAUUAUCUGUACGACUGCAGCUGGUGUUGGUGCGAAUCUCUCUUGGAUUGUGUCUGUGGGGGAUCAGGAAUCGAGUUUAUCAGCUGUAACAAGUUCGUACGCACCUCCUGUAGUGACAUCCUUCUACCCUACUGUAGCGCUAACGGACGGCUCAACGCAAGUCACCAUUAUUGGAGACAACCUGGGAGCGAAUGUGACUCUCGCAGCCUCUCGAAUGAUGUUCUCGCCACCUCAAGCCAGUUUAUCAACGCGGCGUAUUCCUACGGUCAAUUUCGGAGACUUUGGCGACACGAAUACCAGCGAGUACGUCGUUGUUCGGGUUCCUGUGGGAUACGGCAGUGGAGGCUCCUUGCAGCUUCUGGUCGGUACCACAAGUAUCCAAAAGAGUGCGCUACUGACGAUAAGUUACGGGUGUCCUUCGAUCGACUCGGUGUACACUGAUGAAGGCCCGGGUGAUUGUCUACCUUCUUGUAUACAACUCACUGUUACAGGCACGAAUUUUUACACCACUGGCCGUGUGCUUAUUUCUAAAUACCCUCUUACUUUGAGCAAUUUGGAAGCUGCAAGCUAUGAAUUGUCCGUUGAAUAUUCAUCCUGGUCUCACGAUACGAUUAUUAUCCCGAAAUAUGUUGGAAAACUCGGAUACGUAACAAUUGUGAUCGGCCGAGAGAAGAUCCUGAGUAACUCGGCUCCGUUCAGUUGGGACGAUCCUGCUAUUCUUGAUUGGUACACAUACAGCCCUACUUGUGGAGUACUCGAUUGCUCGACAAGCUACCGCUUGGAUGGAGAUACGAAGCUUUUCCAGACUGAAACAAUUGGAACAAAUGGAGAACUUAACUAUCUAUCAGCAACGAAAGGCGGGGCGACACUGAGUCUCUACGCCAAGUACGUUGGUCGAAAUCCGCGCGUCUCCAUCGGAACCAGUGCGUGUAACAAUGUCGUGAUAACAACACCCGUCAUUCCGUCGAGUUUGGUACUGUCAGGAACAAUUUCUGGUGUGAGUAGCAUUCGCCUGAUAUCGUGCACUGUCCCAAGCGGUCAAGGAAAGAUGCUCACGCUCAUUGUUACGCGUGGAACAACACCAAGUAGUCCAAAAUCGUUUAGCUACAUUCCGCCUAUCGUCGAUUGGACUGGAAGCUCUGCGACGCUGUCCUCUACCGCAGGAAAAGUGGUAACAUUGACGGGAUCAAACUUCGGUACCAACCCAAUUGUUUCAAUGACUUCCAGCUCCAAUGUGUCUGUUUUACUUGACAUCACAGCGUUUGAUCAUGGUCAUGUCACGGUAACAAUUCCUCCUGGAGAAGGUAAAAGCUACACGUUGAAACUUUUCGCUGGGAAUCAAGAAAAAUCGACCACGUUUAGUUACAAUCCUCCCGUAAUAAGUAACAUUGAAGUAGUUGACGCAACUACUGCCGGUGGGUCCACGAUGACAAUUCGCGGGGAGAACUUUGGAACAAACACAUUCUCGAAUGAGCACAAAGUUACACUUGGCGACGAAUUCUCUUGUAUCAUUAAAAGUAUUGACCACGAGUUGAUUCUGUGCACGACAAGUGAGGGUCAAGGCAGUGGACAUGACGUGGUUGUGACCGUGAGUGGUCAAACCAACGUGGAUAGAGCGAGGAAGUUCAACUACGACGCCCCCGUUAUCUACAGUAUCAGUAGAAGCGAUGGCCCAACCUCAGGCUACACCUGUAGAUGUACAGAUCCUGAUCAGCCCUGUGCUACACUGGGCACACCAAUUAAGUGUCAGUAUCUCGAGGCAAGCUCGGCAAGCUCUUCUCUCGAUUCGUACUGUGUGCAAGCCAUUUUGGACGGAGUAUCACAAAAAGUUACAGUCACGGCGGUGGAAGACGUGUAUUCUAGUAACAAACCUGUGUAUCUGAGUGACGAGGUAGAUAUACAGCUCUUGUACACGGGUGGAAUGUGGCAGUUGAUUGAAAACGACGAGAGCAUUUAUCGUGCUAGUACAGCCACAGCAAGUCCACCUCCGACAGGCUGGCUCGAUGUUACAGUGGAUCCGUCUGUCGAUGCAACAAUGAAAGUAUACCCAGGUACGUGCUUGAAGACAGCUUCGCGGGCUUGCCCUGCGACUACGGAACUGUGUGAACGUGUGUCUGUCACUCUUGUGGGCAAGAAUUUCGGCGUCCGAACGCUUGACUGGCAUCUUGAGCUAGCAAGUAGCGAUGGCACAAUUGAAACAGUGAAUGUUACCGACGACGAUAUCGUCUACUUCAGCCACACGAACAUCAAGUUUAACCUGCCACCUGGACAAGGAACUUCGAGAAUCGUUAACCUCACUGUGUCUGAGCUUCAGCUGGUCAACACUUCGAUUGGAUUCGGCUAUCAAAGUCCUGAAUUGAUCGGAUACGAGACCAGCACACGCAACUUGUCGACUUGUGGGGGCUACACGAUAACUUUGUACGGGAAAAACUUCGGAUUCAGUCGAUCCAAAGUCCUCAUUGGCGGUCGAGAUGCUCGUGUCGAUGGACAAAGUUCUCAUCCGAAGGCUUGUGGGUCCGACACGUGUGAGUUUUCAUCAAGCGGGCCUUGUAUCGACAUCGAUACAUUGGUGUGUUAUCCUUCGCUAUACGUCGUCAGUCCGACCUUCAGCUUCCUCGAUCUUUGUGACGACAACAAAGGAACGCAAAUAAUGUGUGAAGCUGUCGACUCGGCGGUAGAAUUGGCUGAAAAUUUCACAAGUCACUCAGAUUUUGUGAUCGAAACCACAGUCCCCGCAGGGUAUGGGGCCGAUCUGGAGGUGUACGUGAUUGUCGACGACCAACCGAGUAAUGCGUUGACGUUUUCAUACAAUCAGCCAGUGAUAACAGCUCAAAUGCCGAACCAACCGGAUGCCAAUGGAGCCAAUGCGAUCACAAUCAAGGGCACCGACUUCGGUUGCUUCCCGAACGACGCUAUCACUAUUUCCUUCGUCCCUACCGACUCCGUUCAGUCAAUCACGCGAAAACUGGAAACAACAAGUAGCAUAUCGGUCUUGGAAACCACGUUUGAAGACGGAAUGUAUCGCCAACUAGCUGAAACAACAGCUCCAGCUACAACAGAUAAUAGUACAAAUUCCACCGGGACCGUUGUCUGGAAUAGCUCUUCGGAAUUGAUCUGGUAUCCUCCCAAGACGAAGGCUGGCAUCACUAGCAUCACCUUGUCGGUGGGUGGGAACGUCAUGUCUGCUACAAGUCAGACGCAACUCAAGUUCCAAUGUAGUCCAGGCUACUACCGAACGUCGACCGAGUUCUGCGACGAGUGUCCCGAGGGCGCUACUUGCGCGGGUGGAGACGAGAUGCCGUUGGCGAAACCUGGUUACUGGCGUGAAGGCGAAGUGGUCUUUGCAUGCGACCCCAUGUACGCGUGUUUGGGUGCCAACCGAUGUGCUGUAGGCUACAUGGACAUCCGAUGUGGUGAAUGUGAGAAGGACUACCACAAACUCAACUCCGAGUGCGAUCUCUGUCCUGACAACAAGUGGAGUUCGGUUGCAAUCGUGGUUAUCUGUCUCGGAGUGGCAUCCAUCGUGAGUUAUCUAUUAACUCGAAAAGGAGUGAGUCUCGGUCUCCUGUCAAUUGGUAUCGACUACUUCCAGACUUUAUCCAUUUUUGGGAAUGCUCGGAUUUCCUGGCCCUCGUCGCUGAUUAACCUGUUUUCGACGUUGUCGGCCUUCAAUCUGAACUUGGAAUUGAUCGCACCCGAGUGCUUUGCUUUCCAAGUAUCGUUCGUCAACAAAUGGUUCAUCAUCGAGCUGUUCCCGCUCGUGGUAGCGGCCACUUCGCUCGCAAUAUUUGCCGCGCUAUAUGGGUACAAACGUUUUAUCAAGAGACGACGCACGAGACUAACGUCACAUUUGCCUCAGCUGUUCGGCUCGACGCUUGUGAUGAUGUACUAUCUGUUCCUGUACCUGACACGAACAACGUUGGAUGUCUUCAACUGCGUUGGAACUAUCCCAUCCGAUGGCAAACUAUACAUGGUAGCCAUCUACACGCAAUGUUUCAAACCCGGUGGCAUCCAUAUGCAGCUCUUCCCAUUUGCAGUACUGGCCUUCGUGGUCUACUCUCUGGGGUAUCCUCUCUUUGUGCUGUUAACGCUAUCACGUAACCGAGCGUUAGUUAUGGAGGACCAGCUUCUGAGAGCCAUGCAGCGAGGAACAAGUCGACGCACGAAUCCCAACUGCUGGGUGUUCCGCAAGAAGUUCUCCAAGCUGUACUAUCAAUUCAAGCCCGAUUAUUGGUUCUGGAUGGUGCUUAUCAUCCUGCGAAAGUUCUUGUUGGCGGGUAUCGGCCUGCUCUUCCGUCAAGACCCAGUCUUCCAACUAGCUACAGCCACGUUCGUAUUGUUCGUAAACUACGCGCUACAAGUGCGUUGCCGGCCCUACAUGAGUGCUUACGAGACUCAGAGAGUACUAGCCGAUUACGCCAAGCGAGUGUUACUGGAGACUCGACGUGCUAAGGCUAAAGGCGAAGCUUUCAUUCAGCCAGCACAUCUUCGAAUGGAAAUGCACGCGUCUACUGUGACUGCGUGGAAGAGUGGCCAUGGAGAUCACAGUGGCAGUGGCAUGGCUGGAGGUUCUGCCUCGCCAACGUCAAGUGUACGCGGAGCUAACGAAGCGAUCCUUGCGUCACAGGAGCCGCAGAAUCUGGUGGGAUAUCUCUGGGACCACAAUACUGUGGAGGCGUGUCUACUCUUCAGCGCUUCUCUUGUCUUACUAGCCGGUGUCAUGUUCGAGAGUGGGCGACUUGGAAGCAACGAGACCGGUUUCAGAAACGCUUCAGCUCAGAUGCUAGCGAUUGCGACCACGAUUCUUGUGGUGGUUAGUUGUGUCUACUUCGCGCUUGUGUUGAUCACGGAGCUGGUUGUUGCACUUCGACCAGACUACUACAAACGCAUCACUCGAGUCCAGAAGGUCUUCAGUAGCCCUCGUCGCCAUCUGAAGGAUGACGUUGAUGUAGAUCACGGGAAGCGUAAAGGGCUUUCGACGGGUGACGAUGAUAGCGACGACGACGAGGAUGAUGAACUGGAAAUGGUAGCGACUAUGACUCAAAACCCACUGCACUUUAAUCGUGCAUUGGCUGGUGCUCGUAUACGAGCCAUGCGAGUGAGAGAGCGUGACGCGCUUGCUGCUUUACAAGAUAUUCAGCGUCGGGGAUCAGACCCGAGAAGGAACUCGCCUCGACGGCAAAGCGAAGAAGGAGCCCUUUCUGUUGAAGAUAAUGUGAGGAGAAGGUCCCAACGUCGACGAGGUUCUAAGCGAGAUGGAAACAUCCUGGCCGAGUUGGCGUCGACUAUCGAGGAGACCGAUGAUGUGAGCAGGCAAUGA